GUUUCCUAGCAACUGGAUGCAGGGGCCAUGGCUCUUUUAACACCCCAGGGAGUGAAAGAAGUCUUCCAAUUUCAGAAAUCAAAAGGUCGGGAGCAUCUGCGGAAGCUUCUGAACUGGGAGGAGUUUGAUGACGUGAGAGACUCCCGCCGAAGCAUCCUGCUGGACACCCUCUACGAGAGCAUCGUCUUCGCAGUGGGCAAAGGCUUCCCGUGGGCGGAGGUGGCCCGAGUGGUCAAGUUCACAGAUGAGUUGCUCAAGGAAACCAAAGGCUGCUCCAUCACUGAAGCUGUGACAAUCCUGGGGAACAAGCUCAGGGAUUAUCAGAGGCAGUUCAACACCACCCACCUGCUGGCCCUCUGUGACUACUUCCACAACACCUUCAUCCGCCACUACAAACUCUACCAGUAUGUCCUGGGCCAAGACCGAGACGUCAGCUUGACCGUCGGUCACGUGGAGGUGUGUGCACCACCCCAGCCUCUCCCACUGGCCGAGGGCAUGGACAAGGACAUCUGGGAGCAUGAGCAGGAGGUGGCCCAGCUCAGCACAGCGGAGGUCCAAAAGCACACCAACACACUGCUCCUGAAGGAGGCGCUGCACAUGGAGCAGGAGCACACACUGCAGAAGGUGUUCCAGAAGGCAGCCGCACAGCCCAGGCGGCUCCUAAGGAGAGAGGAGUUAGAAAAACUCAUCAGGGAGGCCAUUCACACCCAGAUCGAAUGCCUGAAGGAGCUGCUGCAGUACGAGAUUCAGAUCACUUUUGAUAUUUUGGACCUGAAGCUGCAGAAGAAGACUUUAAAUCUCAACACUCCUACCCCAUUCCUUCCCAUGACCACUGGCCAGCCUGUCCAAGAUGAAUCUCUGAAGCCCCACAAAGGAAACAAAGGAAAGAAAGCAAAAGCAAAGAAGUAGAAGGCCCUGGUGACCUUUGUUCAAAGACCCUGACUUAGGAAGGGCCAUCAGCAUUGUGAGAAUGUGGUGAGGUGUGCUCAGCACUCACAGAUCAGAGACUCCUAACUAUUAAAAGAAACGAAGCAGCUCUGUACCUUGUCUCUAGGAAACCAUGUUCAAUCACCUGCCUAUCCAACCAUGUGGCUUUUUCCUGCUUGGUGGGAGAAGGCUGUUCACCAAGCACAGGCUUUGCUGUUGCUGGAGAGUCAGACAGUCCCUGCAGGCUGGGGUCUGGCUCCACCGAAGACAGAACCCCCAGUGGAUUUAAGCAGGAGAACCACAGCAAUGUCAUGGACUACCAGAAAAGCAAGCACCCAUGCUCAAAAAGCAGCAUCAUCUACUUCCAAGAUGGACAGGGACUAUAAGAAGACUUUCUAGAAGCCACCAUCUAACACACAUAGGGGCAACUGAUUCAGUGGCAGCUCAAUUCCAAGUACU